AUGCUAGACUCGGGAGUCUAUUUUGCCCCAUCUGUCGAAGAUACAGUUGGAAAGGCACGAGGAGAUGGAGCCUGGUUUGUUGCUCAGAUUCGAAUGGGCAAAAUAUUUCAGAUAAACAAAAAUGAACUUUAUCCGGUAGAUGCGUCAAAUCCAAAUUACAAUAAAGAAAAAGAUAUAUUAGUAAAAAGUUCAGCGUGGUAUUCGGAAUAUGAUACAUGCUAUUUGAAUCAUGGGGAUGACAGUAGAGAUGAAUUUGUUGUAAAAGAUCGAGAGCAAAUUAUUAAAUGGGUAGUUGUAAUCGAACGCCCGCAUAAUAGUACAGUGGAAUACUAUGGUCUUGAUAAGGAAUUCGAUUCGACACCAUGCGGCUGCUCCUAUGCCAAAGCAAGAUUUGUUGUGUUAUUUGAUGGAGUUCCAUUAACUGCCGAUGAGAAACAAGGUGAGGUUUUGUUUGGUGUCGAAAUUCGAGGAUGGCGUCCAGCCAGUGGUCCUCGAGGAUAUAUUGCCACAGCAUUCAAUACAACAACGUUAGAGGAUUUUACAGAAAAUUAUAGAAAUGUUGGUGAAUUUACGUUCACACCUGAUGUAUUUCCUGGUUAUUUUUGGUUUUUUCGACCAUUUCUUACGUUUUCUAAGUUCAAUGUUGUGUCAACAAAUUUUAUGACUGCAGCUGCCUCAGAAUCAUUUCAUGUACAAGGUUUUCCAAUGAGAUGUAGUUGA